AUGGACACAGAAAUUAAUGCCUUGAUUAAAAAUGGCACUUGGACUUUAGUCUCUCCUCGGCCUCAAAUGAAUAUAGUAGGCUGUAAAUGGGUGUACCGAAUAAAACGUCUAGCAGAUAGAUCUAUUAAGCGCUAUAAAGCUCGCUUGGUGGCCAAGGGGUUCCACCAGCAGGAAGGACUAGACGACUCCGAGACUUUUAGUCCAGUGGUCAAGCCAACAACAAUUCGUCUUGUACUAUCAUUGGCUGUGUCUAAAGGUUGGCCCAUACGCCAGCUUGAUGUUCAGAAUGCAUUUUUGCAUGGAAUACUAAAAGAGGAGGUCUACAUGGCUCAACCUCCAGGUUUCACUAAUUUACAGUUCUCAAAUCACGUGUGUCGCAUACACAAGUCACUCUAUGGCCUGAAGCAGGCUCCACGGGCUUGGUUUGAUCGUUUGAGUGAAUUUCUUACUGAAUUUGGCUUUUUGGGAUCCAAGACAGACACAUCAUUGUUUAUUUACAAUACUGCUACAACUACCAUGUAUCUUUUGGUGUAUGUUGACGAUAUCGUCCUAACAGGCAACAAUACAAUAUUCAUGUCACGGUUUCUUGACCAACUUGCCAAGACAUUUGCCAUCAAGGACCUCGGCAAUCUCCAUUAUUUUUUGGGCAUCAGUGUGCAUAGCCAUGCAAGGGGGUAUUAUGCUCUCUCAACGGCAUAUGCAACCCUGACAAGGCCUGACAUAUCAUUUGCCGUCAACAAGGUGUGUCAGUUCAUGCACCGUCCUUGCAAUGAUCGUUGGGCAGCAGUGAAGCGUAUUUUGAGAUACUUGAAGUCAACCAUUGAUCAUGGCCUCUUCCUAGAACGACAGCCCACAUUACAGCUCUCUGCUUACUCAGAUGCCGACUGGGUUGGAUGUCCUGAUGACAGGAAAUCAACGGGUGGUUUUGCGACUCUAUUCGUGUCUGAAAUCAUGAAGUCUCCCAAAAUAAAUUUUCUAUUCUUUCUAUUUCUGUUCUUCUUUGUUUUGAUAUCAUCAGCUUCUUCUUCCCCUGUUCAAGUUAUCAACUCCAAAUCCAAACUCCAUGUCCACAGAUCAGAUUUCCGGGUAUUGAACAGAAGAACAUUGGUUGAGUGUUCGCAGAAUCAGAACAUUCUAAUCAGAGUUAAUUCGAAAUCCCCAUCUGGACUUAUGAAUGAAGAAUAUGUAAAAGUUACAGUCACUGGAGUUUCAAAUCCUUCAGAAAAAGAUUGGAUUGCCAUGAUCACACCUUCUCAUUCUGAUAAAGAUGUGAAGGCUUGUCUGGAUAUUGAACUUAACUAUGUUCUGACUGGAGAUACUAGUGAUCUUCCUCUUCUCUGCCAUUAUCCUGUGAAGGGACAGUACAUGAGCCAAGAUCCUAAUUAUAUGAAUUGCAAGAAACAAGAAAGAAAUAAUAGUUGCAAUGGAACAUUAACUUUCCAUGUUGUUAACAUUAGAACUGAUAUAGAGUUCGUGUUAUUUGGUGGUGGAUUCCAAAACCCUUGCAUCAUUAAGAGGUCUGGUCCUAUUAGGUUUGCUAAUCCGAAGGCUCCGUUGUUUGGUCAUCUUUCAAGUGUUGAUUCCACUGGAAGAUCGAUGAGAUUAACGUGGGUUAGUGGACAUAAAACACCUCAACAGGUUCAGUAUGGAGAUGGAAAAUCCCUCACAUCACUAAUUAGGACGGCACAAGUUACAACUUUUACCCCAAACGAUAUGUGUAAUGGUAAUACUUCUGGAUCUGAUUGCCCAGCCUCGGAUUUUGGUUGGCAUGACCCUGGCUUCAUUCACUCUGCUGUGAUGAUCGGUCUCAAACCUUCAACCACUUAUUACUAUAGCUAUGGAAGUUGUUCAACUGGUUGGAGCAACCAAACCCAAUUCCGUACUCCCCCAGCUGGAGGAUCACAUGAACUCAAAUUCAUCGCAUACGGCGACAUGGGAAAGGCCCCCCUUGAUCCAUCAACUGAGCACUACAUUCAGCCAGGUUCAAUAUCAGUGAUGGCAGCUAUAUCUAAGGAAGUUGAUGCAGAAAAAGUUGACUCAAUCUUCCACAUUGGAGACAUUAGCUAUGCCACUGGCUUCUUAGUGGAAUGGGAUUACUUUCUUCAACAUAUCUCACCUGUUGCAUCUCAUGUUUCCUACAUGACUGCAAUUGGAAACCAUGAGAGAGAUUACCCAGACUCUGGAUCAGUUUAUGGUCUAUGGGACUCAGGUGGAGAAUGUGGAGUUCCCUAUGAGACUUAUUUUCCAAUGCCCGGAACUAGAAAGGACAAGCCAUGGUACUCCAUAGAGCAAGGGCCUGUUCAUUUAACUGUAGUUUCAACUGAACAUAACUUCAGCUGUGGUUCUGAACAAUAUGAAUGGAUCAAAAAGGACUUGUUUUCAGUUGAUCGAUCAAGAACUCCUUGGGUGAUUUUUACAGGGCAUAGACCCAUGUAUUCAUCUGCACCUCCAUUCUUUCCACCAAAUGUCGACACAAAUUUUGUUGCUAGCUUGGAGCCUUUACUAGUACACAACAAGGUUGAUCUAGUUCUUUUUGGCCAUGUCCACAACUAUGAAAGAACUUGUUCCCUUCAAGAGGGUGUCUGCAAAGCCAUGCCUUUUAGAGAUAGAAGGGGGAUUGACACAUAUGACCACAACAACUAUAAGGCUCCAGUUCAUGCAAUCAUUGGAAUGGCAGGAUUCUCAUUGGAUGGGUUCACUGAUAAUGUUAAUAGCUGGAGUUUGGUGAGGAUUUCUGAUUUUGGAUACACUAGAUUGCGCGCAACAAAGAAAGAGAUAAGUGUAAAGUUUGUGAAUGCAAAUACGAAGAAGGUCGAGGAUACUUUCCGAAUCAUAAAAAAAUUAAGGAAUUAUUAUCACUAG